AUGACUGACAAACAGGCAAAACAAAUUACUAACCUUCGUAAAGAAGUUUCUAUUGCAACAAGGGUAGGUGAAGCAACAAUUGCCCAUAUUGUUGCUGAAUUCAAUAAAACUGAGAAUGUUAUAUCAUCAGAGCAAG